GAAAAUCAAGUUAUGUUAUAAAGCCACAAGGCCUACUAAUCUAUCAUCCUGUUCUUAAAGGAAAUUGAACUGAGGUUAUAUGAUCAGCAGGUAUCUCAAAAACCAUGACGGCGGCAGCAGCAGGACUUCAAUCAGCAAGGGCUGCAAUCUGCAGCCCUACCCUGACCUGUUCAGCCCAUCUGCCCACUUGCUCCAGACCCUGUAACUUGGCACCCAAAGUAGUUCAAUUUGCUUCCCUCCCUUCGUCUAAAAGUGCCCCAUUGCAAUCAUCCUCUUUUUUCCCAUCUACACUUCAGUUAUCUAAGAGCAUUAAAACAGAAGCAGUUAAGUUUAGCAAAAAUGCCACUGUGGUUCAUGCUUCUGCCAAUGGACAUGGAGCUUCCUCUGGAUUGUCAAUUGAUUUAAGAGGUAAAAGAGCAUUUAUUGCUGGAAUAGCUGAUGACAAUGGUUAUGGUUGGGCUAUAGCAAAGUCCCUAGCUGCUGCUGGUGCAGAAAUUCUUGUUGGGACUUGGGUUCCGGCCAUGAACAUAUUUGAAACCAGCUGGAAGCGGGGCAAGUUUGACGAAUCACGCAUAUUGCCGAAUGGAUCAUUGAUGGAGAUCUCUAAGAUUUAUCCAAUGGAUGCAAUUUAUGAUACACCUGAGGAUGUUCCUGAAGAUGUAAAAUCAAAUAAAAGGUAUGCUGGAGCUUCCAAUUGGACUGUGCAGGAACUUGCAGAUAGUGUCAAACGAGAUUUUGGAAGUAUUGAUAUUCUUGUGCAUUCACUUGCAAACGGUCCAGAGGUUGCUAAACCUCUCCUUGAAACAUCAAGGAAUGGAUAUCUUGCAGCAGUCUCAGCGUCAAGUUAUUCUUUUGUGUCAUUACUAAAGCAUUUUAUUCCUAUCAUUAAUUCUGGUGGUUCAACAAUAUCACUCACCUAUAUUGCAUCAGAAAGGAUCAUUCCAGGAUAUGGUGGUGGAAUGAGUUCUGCAAAGGCUGCUCUUGAAAGUGACACCAGGGUGCUUGCAUUCGAAGCAGGAAGACGCUACAAUAUAAGAGUAAAUACAAUUUCAGCAGGCCCAUUGAGAAGCAGAGCUGCAAGGGCCAUUGGAUUUAUAGAUACCAUAAUUCAAUACUCAAUGGAAAAUGCUCCCUUGCAAAAGGAGUUGCUCGCUGAUGAGGUUGGAAACACAGCAGCAUUUUUGGCUUCGCCACUAGCUUCAGCAAUAACUGGAACAAUUUCCUACGUGGACAAUGGGUUGCAUGCUAUGGGUGUUGGGGUGGAUAGUCCCGCCUUCUCUGAAUUGGCAAUACCAAAAGCAGAGAAAAGAAAGGUUUCAGCGUGAUGAUUAUUAUAGAUCAGUCCGUGCAAGUCAAGAGACUUGUCUUACUAGGUUGACAUUGAAAGGCAAUCAUUUUCUGUUUGGUAAAGAAUGGAAGAAUGGGUGGUCUGUUUUGGUUUUUUUUACGUAUUUUAGUUAGCUGGCAGCAUGAAACACGAGAAUUCAGGAAUAGGAAGCCUUUCCUCUCUAAAUAAAAAUGUCAUUUAGAAUUGUAUAGAGGAAUUUUGCUCACAUGCUACACUUGCAUCUGCAUAUGAUUGUUAUUCGAGUGUGAAUAUUGAAGAGUGUUGCAUCAACCAUCUUUGUUGUUACUUUUUAAGAUUUACUUUAAGAUUAUUGGAUUGUCCAAUUUACAUUGAA